AUGCCUCCAAAAACCACGACAUCUUCACCCGGCGCGUCGUCAACUGGGUUCGCAGUCUCAUCACCAAGUUUACAAGCUGAAGAAGGUUUCCGACAAAGAUCGAAAGCAGCAUCACCGAAAUGGCAGUAUUUGAAUGGCGAUGAUAAAGAAAAGUUGCCUGCUUCAGAAUAUGAUGCAAUCGCCCUCAUCCUGCGCCGUCAAGCCAUACAUAGGACUCCACGCAAACCUCUGGUCGAUAGCAUCAAGAACGAUGCCGCGAAAACGUGCAGCGCACUCGAAUUAGCGACUUCCACUGUCACUUCCUUACCUCAUUUCAUGGCCGACGGGUUCAACCGCGAAACCAUAAAUGGCAUCAAUCUGGCCAUUGAAGGACUUACCAAGACCCUUGAUCUGGCCAUCACGGCUCUUGAGGGUAUAAUAAUUUGGUUAAUACAUGUGUAUCGGAGUACCUAUAGGUGCAUGUUGGAAUUGGCGGCAAAUGCUUCUGUGAACAUUUCACUGGAAACUGUUAGCGCGCUGCAACAAUUUACCACCACACAACUCGGGACAAUUAAAUCCAACAUUGACAAUGAUAUCGGAAAGAUAAAUUCAGAGCUUAACAGUAUCCGGGGUGCACCAUCACUCAUCGGAGUUCAGAUUCCGACGGUUUCUAUCCCUUCGGCGGACGCAUUGAAUCAAUUUGAUCUUCCCACGAACCUAAUCACUGGUGUAACAGCAUUGAAUAAUAGCAUUCCUACCAUGGCUGACAUCGAAUCUAAAUUGGAUAGUUUGAUAUCGGUUCCGUUUGAUGACCUUCGUAAUCUCAUCAACUCUUCAAUGUCUAAUAUCAAAUUCAACGAGUCUCUUUUACCAGUACCACCGAAGAACAACGUGGAGUUCUGCGCUCAACACCUGGAUCUUAGCGUCCUCGACGAAUUAGCUCUUGACCUCGUCAAGGCAGCACGCGUUGGAAUUGUCAUCAUAGCGGUCAUAGGUCUGCUGAUGAUUUUAGGAAAUGAGAUCUACGUUAGGUUCAACCAUUGGCGAUUCAUGGUCCAUGUGGAACGCACCACCACCACAAUCCAGUUGAUCACCAUCACUCACACUCGAGAAUCGGUUAUUGAAAUCAUCAAAAUAGCUGACCACCCUUUGAUCUCCCGAUGGAUCAUAAGAUCUUCAAAAGUCUUUAGUCGAUUAGAAAACCGGAAUUUAUACCGUUGGUUUUGGGACUACAUUCUUCAUCGACCUGCCGUAAUCGUUUUACUUAUGGGAUUGUCCGGAGUAUUAGGAAUAUACGUACAAAUUUUGAUUUUAAAUAUCGUUCGUCAAAAAUACAAAGCACCCGUAGAGCAAGUGAUAAGCGCUUUCGGUAAUGCGGUGGAGAGCUUGGUAAAUUCUCAAUUGAACUCGACUUCGGUACAAUUUGCGGAUAGUAGUAAUUCCGUGAUUUCGGACGUUCAGAAUGUUAUCAAUCAGGAUUUAUUUGGUUGGGUUAAUAUCACCACCACGGCCUUGAAUAAUACAUUGAACUCUGCAGUAGAAGAAAUUACCGGAGUCAUUAAUACUGUCUUUGGAGGAGUCCCAAUUUUGGCCAACGCCGUGCAACAACUGGUUGGAUGUCUUAUCCUCGUGAAGAUUCAAGGGAUCCAGGAAGGUCUGAAGUUUAUCUCGGAUAACGCGUAUGUGGAGUUGCCGAGGGUUGACAAUACGGUGUUGAUGUUAAGUCAGGAUAGAGUGCAGGAUAUUGUUAGUGAGGCCACGAACAAGUUGGUUGGACCGACCAGCGCGAAUUCGACGUCGUCGAAUGUUAGCGGCGGCGAGAUCGGAAGUAUUUUCGAUCAAUACGAACAGAUUCUGAGAAAUGAAUUGUACGUCUUUUGGAUAAUGAUUGGCGUGUACGGAAUUGUUAUAUUGAUGGGGUUUAUUAGGGUUGCGUGGUUUGUGUACAAACGAAAGAAGAACGAAAAGAAAGUGACCUAUGUGAAGGAUCAAUCAGAUGACGAAAAGUCAUCACAAUUACGAUCGGCUGGAAAAAAGAUGAGACAAUUUGGUCAAAUGAAGAAGCUCUUUAAGAAUAGCGUGUCGUCGUCAAACAAUAGUGGACGUCAACCGCCGAAUCAAUCAAACACAAGUGGUCGGAAGUUCACGAACACGAAUAUUCUUGAAGAGAACGUGGAAAAAGAUAGUGAUGAUGAUGUGAAUAAUAAUGAUAACCUAGACAUCGAUCCCAUAAAUCCGUUCAGCGAUAUCAAUGCCGUGAAAACCAAAAGAAAACGACCUCCACCGCCACUACUACCUAAACCAUU